AUGCCUUCCCCCGACACAUCUGAUGGCGAUCUUUCGCAUGCCGCCUUUGCACCGGGCGAUUCGCAUCCCCUUAUCCCCCACAAUGGCUCUGAAAACACGGGGCCGGAGCCCUCUGGCCCAUCGCAAGACGGGGAGACCAAUGGCUCUAACUUGACUUCGAUAUCUGAAUCGAAGCAGAAUGCCAAGGCAAUGCUGGCUGCAUCGGGCAUCUCAGACCAUGCGUCGACUCCCAACGGCGCCAAUGGCGUGAACGCGAGUCGCAAACGUUCUCGGUCUGGCUCUGUGAUAUCCCCUAACGCCCCGGAAAGCUUGCCUGUGCGCGUGCGUGAAACUCCCGUUGACAAGAUUCUGUUAGAGCAAUAUGUCUAUCGCGAGUUUCAGCACAAUGCUCUGGCAGCUACCCGUAACACUAGUCAAGAUCUGCUCCAGCAAAAGCGCGUCGAGAGAGACCACCUAUUGGCAUUGCGCCGAGAAACACAAAUGAACCCUGCUGCGCUCUACGGCACUGGCUAUGAGGGCUUUGGCAAUCACCGAACAGACCUCCGAAACCAACAUCCCCAACUGCUGUACCCAUCUCAUCGUCGCCGACCAGGCGGGAGAAAGGCCAGAGAAUUGCGCGUAUCGAGGAAGGAUAUGAAAACACAAAGUGAACAGCGAGAAGACUUGGUCCCAAUUCGUCUAGACUGUGAUUGGGAAAAAGUAAAGAUUCGCGAUACAUUCACGUGGAAUCUUCACGACCGCGUGACUUCUCCUGAGCUGUUUGCCGAGAAACUGGUCGAGGAUUUAGGCCUUGCUAUCGAGACAAGUGGUCCCCUCAUCCGACAAAUAACCCAGAGCAUUCAUGAACAGCUGGGCGACUACUUUCCACACGUGUUUAUGGAAGAUGAGGCUCUCGACCCCCAUCUACCGUAUGAUGCUUACAAAAACGACGAGAUGCGGAUUUUGGUGAAGCUUAACAUAACCAUUGGCCAGCACACACUAGUCGACCAAUUCGAAUGGGAAAUCAACGACCCUUACAACUCCCCCGAAGAAUUUGCAUUGCAAAUGACCAAUGACUUGUCGCUCUCCGGCGAAUUUACGACCGCAAUUGCCCAUUCGAUUCGAGAACAAGUCCAACUUUUCACCCGAUCCCUAUACAUCACAGCACAUCCAUUUGACGGUCGACCGGUGGAUGAUCCAGACCUCAAGACUGCCUUCUUACCUUCUCCGUUGCUGUCGACAUUCAGACCGUUCCAGGCCGCAAAAGACUACACUCCGUAUCUUUACGAGCUCAACGAGGCGGAUCUUGAGCGCACCGAAGUUUCGAUAUCGAGAGAGCAACGGAGACAGAAGCGGUCUGUCAAUCGUCGCGGCGGCCCUGCUCUUCCGGACCUGAAAGAUCGUCAACGGACUAUUCGAACAAUGGUCGUAUCCUCGGUCAUCCCCAACAGCGCUUCUUCAAUCGACGAGACACAUUUGUACAAACGUUCAGGAAGUGGUCGAACGAGACGCUCCGGUGCUGGACAACGCGACGGGAUCGAUGACUCUGAUCUUUCGGAUAGUGACGAUUCCUCUGUUGGUUCUCCAGCAAUUGGUGUUCAUUUAUCCCAAGGCACAGCUCGCACGAGAGGAAUGCGAGGCGCGGCAUCCGCAGCACAGGCGGCAUUACGAGCGAAUUUUACACACUCGGCUACCCCGGAGCCUUCCGUGCAUGAGAUUAGAGCCCCGCGGAGACGGGAGUACCGAGAGGAGAGCUCAGAGGAGCCAGAGAAGCUUGUCGUCAGGCUCAAGAUCUCCAAAGACCGUUUCAGAUUCUUUUUGCAAGAGCAGAAAAACCGGAGGCAGCCAUCGACGCCUAAUGUUUCGGGACAUAGCCUGCCACCUAAAGGCAACACUCCGCAGUUACAAACUCCUGUUCAGAGUACAAUGCCUCCGCCAACUGCACAGCAUCAAAGUGCCACUCCAAUUCGACCAGGCAAUACGACCGGAGCAGCUCCAACGCCGCAGAUCGGAGCUGUUGACGCACCUCCACCUCCCGUAUCUGCCCCACCACCUCCCGCUCCACGUUGGCUUGUCUCUGGCCUAGAACAGCUGAAACGAUUCUAUCCCAAUGACCAAUUCGAGGGUGUCAUGCGACAUUCUGCUGUCGACACAACAACAAUGAUGCCAGUAGGCAACCCAGCUCAAGCCAAUAACCCAAGGCUAAAAUACCAAUACCUCCCUCGGAUACGGUGUCUGGACUGUCCCGGAAAACUGUAUACGCCCGGACCCGGAAUGACAGUUGAUAACUUUGAAGUCCAUCUUAGAAACCGACAGCACAAGGAACGUGUUGAAGAGAGAGUUGGACGGAGAGCAGCUGCUCCUGUAUAA